AUGACCUUGCAGACAGCAAUGGAGAUUCCAGCUCUUGGUCGACCCUUAUAUCUAGGAACCCUGUACGACUGUCGCUCAGAUACCUUCAUCCCUGGCAUCACUUUGUGGGACAAGGAGACUCUCACGAGCAAUGUGACAACAGAAGAGAAAUACAAGACUGAAUUUGAUAUCCUCACUUCUGACUCUUUGGAUGCAAAGACUAGUGCUAUGAACAUUUCUGGAGAACUGAAAGCAAGUGUCCUUGGGGGGCUGGUUGAUAUAGGAGGCUCUGCCAAAUAUUUAUCUGACACCAAGACAUCCAGUCAACAAGCCAGGGUCACUCUCAAGUACAGUGUGACCACACAGUAUUGCCAUCUAACAAUGAACCACCUGGGAUAUCAGAAUAUCUCUUUCCCUGAUGUACUUGAUAAAGGGACAGCCACCCACGUGGUCACUGCAGUGCUGUAUGGUGCCCAGGCUUUCUUUGUGUUUGAUCAAAAAGUUUCCACUAAUGAAAAUGUCAAGGAUAUAGAAGGAAUAUUUAAGGUUCAAUUAAAGAAAAGUCUUAAAAUAAAUGGAAACAUAGAGGGGAAGGCAAAAAUAGAGAACAGUGAGAAAAAAUCAGCUAAAAAAUUCAGUUGUAGAUUUUAUGGAGAUUUUGUUCUUGAGAAUAAUCCAGUGUCUUAUGAAGAUGCAAUAAAAGUCUAUGCCUCCCUUCCUAAGCUGCUUAAGGGUCACAGGGUGCCCCUCCAAGUCUGGCUGUACCCUCUAGAGAAACUGAGCUCCAAAGCUGCCAAGUUGGUCCAAGGGAUCAGCGUUAGCUUGGUAUGUGAUGCCCAGGACACUCUGGAGAAGUUAUCUGAGUGUGACAAGAAGUGUAAUGACAUGCUAGAGGCACUAGGUCUCUCAGUGUUUUCUGCAACCCAGGAAAAAAUCAGGCUAUUCCAAAUGCUGAAUAAGCAGCACAGACAGAUUUUACAAAAGGAAAUAGCCAAGGUGUUGCCUCAGAUCCGGAUGGGCAAAGCAAAGGAAAAUGAACUGGUCAGCAUUUUAACUAGGGAACGCCAGUCCCCAUUCAGCUCCAGGAGGCUCUCAGAAUUCCUAGAUCAGAAGCUCCGUGAAAUAAAGGUUGUAAAUUCCUACCUCAUCCUUCUGAAGGAGGUGAGAGUCAUAGCUGACCAGAAUGAGUUGGAGGAUGUGGUACUAGGCUCUCUCCACCAAACUGUCCUGGUGUUUGCUUUCACCUCCUUGCAGGAGGAACCCUUCUUAACAGAUUGGAAACAGUGGCUUGAGAAUCCAGUUUCAUUCAGUCCUAAAUGUGAGCAAAAGACGUAUUAUUCUUGGGUGGAGGACAAAGAGACAAGGAGAAAAGCAAUCCAAUUGGCAGAAUCCUUUUCCAAGUUUGCCAAGAUCAAUCACUCCACUGGGAAGACUCAGUUCCUUGUGGCAUCUGUCCCAGACCAAGAGAAUAAGGGAGUCUCCAUUUACCUCUAUGAAAGGGGACUUCUGGUCAGCACCAGCUUUGAACUACCAGUCAAAAUUCCCCCUCCCCAGAUUUGUGGAGUCACACAUAACUGUGUAGAGCUAGAAAUGACUCCAGCAUCUGGGAAGAAGGAGGGGAUAAUUGGCUAUCAUAUACAGUACCAAGUUGUAGGAGAUGAUAACUGGAUCACCAUCUCUGUGUUUGGAGAGCCAAAGGUAUUCAAAGUGAGUGGGCUACAGCCUAGCACACAGUAUGUAUUCAGGUUUGCUCAGUUUUGUGAGGUAGGAUGUGGAGAGAACAGUGAUGUAAACUGGUAGUUAAAGGUACCAUUUUUUACCAGUCCUCCUGGGAAACCAAAAGUUCUUUUGGUGGUGUCACAGUCUUUAAUCCUUCAAUGGCAUGGUCCAAGUAUUGUUAAAGCAGGAGCCAAGAUCAAGGAAUAUAGAUUAGAGUAUAGGGAAGAGUCUGAGACUGUGGGUGAGGAGAAAGAAGGAGAGUGGCAUGAAUACAGAACAGGAAAUAAUGAGGAGUAAUGUACCAUUGAUAGACUGAAGCCUCAGAAUGUGUACUGCUUCAAUUUAAGCUGUGUGAGCUGGACAAGUGAUAGCAGUGACAAGAGUGACCCAGUGAAAAUCCGGGAACUUCGCCUAACUGACACUAAGCAUCAAUUAACCAAAGAAUCAAAUAAGAGUAUUUGUACACAUUGA